AGAGGACUUGCGAUUCUAGAUUGACGAAUGAAGUCAGUUUAAAAAGUUCUGAGAUUUUGCGAUUCAGUUUUAAGGCUUGAUUGUCUGUGUUUGGGAUCUUAAGCUGUGGUGGUUCAGGAGAUGGAGAGAGAGAGAAAGAGUGAUAGAAAUGGAAAUUUGAGUUAUGGUAUUGUUUAUUUUAUAGAGGAAGUCAUGAAUAUUUAAUAUUAUAUAGCCUCUACUGGAAAUAUCUAGUUUAGCUCGCUCUCGGUGAUGAUAGAUUUCUGUCUGGAUUGUGUAAUGCGAAUGUUUGGUAGAUGAAAUGGUGAAUUUUGGCUGGGAUUGAAGGUUCUGAGAGUGAAAUAGUUGCAGAAGAAUUUUCUGAUUUCAGGAUUGAACAGGAAUGGUACAGUGGAGCAGGCUCGGCAGGAUGCUUAAGCUAUCGAUUUCUUCAAGUCAGGUCUGUUGAAUCUAGAUUUCUUGAAAAUGAAGCUUUCGACUGCGGGGAUGGGUCAGCCGGGUCAAGAAGGCGGGGAGAAGCGAUGUUUGAAUUCGGAACUUUGGCAUGCUUGUGCUGGCCCUCUUGUGUCCCUACCAGCGGUCGGCAGCCGUGUUGUCUACUUUCCUCAGGGUCACAGUGAACAGGUUGCAGUUUCAACUAACAAAGAAGUUGAUGGGCAUAUACCGAAUUAUCCGAACUUGCCUCCACAAUUAAUCUGUCAACUCCAUGAUGUUACUAUGCAUGCUGACGUGGAAACAGAUGAAGUUUACGCACAAAUGACAUUGCAGCCCUUGACUACGCAAGAACGGAAGGAUGGUUAUCUACCUGCGGACCUGGGAAUCCCAAGCAAGCAGCCAACAAAUUAUUUCUGCAAGACUCUAACUGCAAGUGAUACCAGUACUCAUGGAGGAUUCUCCGUUCCUCGUCGUGCUGCUGAGAAAGUGUUUCCUCCACUGGACUUCUCUCAGCAGCCACCCGCCCAAGAACUUAUUGCAAGAGAUCUUCAUGAUGUUGAGUGGAAAUUUAGACAUAUUUUUCGAGGACAGCCCAAAAGACAUCUUCUUACCACAGGGUGGAGUGUGUUUGUCAGUGCCAAGAGACUUGUUGCUGGAGAUUCUGUUCUUUUUAUUUGGAAUGAAAAGAAUCAGCUGUUAUUGGGGAUUCGCCGUGCCAAUAGGUCACAAACUGUGAUGCCUUCAUCUGUUUUAUCAAGUGAUAGCAUGCAUAUAGGUCUCCUUGCUGCUGCGGCACAUGCUGCUGCCACUAAUAGCCGUUUCACAAUUUUUUACAAUCCAAGGGCAAGUCCAUCAGAGUUUGUUAUACCCCUCUCCAAGUAUGUGAAAGCAGUUUUUCAUACUCGUGUAUCUGUCGGGAUGCGUUUCCGGAUGCUCUUUGAGACUGAAGAAUCUAGUGUCCGCCGGUACAUGGGCACGAUAACUGGGAUAAGUGAUCUUGAUCCUGUCCGUUGGCCAAACUCUCAUUGGCGGUCUGUCAAGGUUGGUUGGGAUGAAUCGACUGCUGGUGACAGACAGCCAAGAGUUUCUUUGUGGGAGAUUGAGCCUUUAACCACAUUUCCAAUGUAUCCAUCAUUGUUCCCGCUAAGGCUUAAACAACCUUGGCAUCCUGGAAUUUCUUCUUUGCAUGAUGGUAAAGAUGAUGCAGCGAAUGCCUUCAUGUGGCUGAGAGGGGAUAAUGGAGAGCGAAGUCUUCAAUCCUUGAAUUUUCAGGGAUUUGGGGUGGGCUCCUGGAUGCAGCGGAGGCUUGAUCUGCCAUUGCUGGGAAAUGAACAUGAUCAACAAUACCAGGCCCUCGCAGCGGCAGCCUUGCAGGAAAUAAGAAGUGGCGAGCCUCUGAAACAGCAAUAUAUGCAAUUUCAGCAGCCUUUACCUUUCCAAUACCAGCAACAGUCAUGUGGACCUAAUCAACUGUUGCAGCAGCAAAUGAUACAACAAUCACUUUCUCAGCAGAUUGUGCAUUCCCAAGCCCAAAAUUUAGCUGAUAACCAGCCUCGACAUCUUUUGCAGCCACAACUGUUUCUGCCACUAAAUGAUCAGCAGAAGCAGCAGCAACAAACAUAUCAGGAAGCUUUUCAGAUUACAAAUGAUCAUCUCCAGCAGCAGCAAACUUUAUCUGCUCCUUUAUGCCAGAAACCAGAUUUUACAGAUUCAAACAUAACCUUCUCAGCUGCAAUAAACCCUUCAUGUAUGCAGGGUAUGUUGGGUUCACUUUGUCCUGAUGGGAGUGGCAAUAUCCUGAAUUUCCCAAGAAUUGGUCAGUCCAUGCUGAGUGAGCAGCAACAACAGCAGUCCUGGGUACCAAAACUUGCCUUUUCACAAGCCAAUGCUUUUGGUAACUCUGCAUCUGUCCCACAAUUUACUGGCAAAGAUGGCUCUGUGGAGGCUGACAGUUGUAGUGCAGAUGCACAGACCCAUACUUUAUUUGGUGUUAACAUUGAUUCAUCAGAGCUCCUGCUUCCCAAUUCAGUGCCCAAUCUAGGUACCUCUUCAAUUGAUGCUGAUGUGUCCUCCAUUCCUUUUGGAGCUUCUGGCCUUCAUAGUCCUUUGUAUGGUUGCAUGGAUGAUUCUUCUGAUUUGCUGCAUAGUGCGGGGCAAGUUGAUCCACAAACCAAAACGUUUGUGAAGGUCUACAAAUCAGGAUCAGUUGGGAGGUCACUGGACAUCACCCGCUUCAACAGCUACCAUGAGCUGAGAGAGGAGCUUGGUCAGAUGUUCGGUAUUGAGGGGCUACGGGAUGACCCUUUAAGAUCAAGCUGGCAGCUUGUAUUCGUUGACAGGGAGAAUGAUAUCCUUCUCCUUGGAGACGACCCUUGGGAGGCAUUUGUAAAUAAUGUGUGGUAUAUCAAGAUCCUUUCACCCGAGGAUGUGAAGAAACUAGGGAAACAAGGGGCUGAGGCCAUAAGCUCGAAUGGUGGUCAAAGGCUAAGCAAUGGUGGGUGUGAUGGUCGAAACAUAGCAUCUGACCUUUCCUGGUAGCUGUUGUGGCUACUGAAAAUGAGACAAGAUGAUUUUCCAGGAGAAAAAGGUAGCAUUUCCACGAUGGAGCAGUAAUAAUAGUUGUAUAAGGUGAAGUUUGAGAUUACGAACUCUUUGAACAGCUGUUGUGAUUUCUUAUGUGAUAUAAAUAUGCACAACAUAUGCAGGGUUUACAUAAACCUGCGGUGCCUUUAAAUUCUCCACCUAUUUGUUUGUAUUGCAUUAAUUCAUCAGUCUGAAAACUUAGAA